AUGAAACGUCAAAGAGUGAGGUGUCAGAGAACAAUGCUACCUAGACAGAUAAGCACAGAAAUGACAUUGCCAUCGACACUUUUAUUUCCUUCAACAAAAGCUACACGAGCAAACACCAUGCGCACACUUGCAGUUCGUUUGAGUUCAAAGGAUAUUGUUUUAACUAAACAAUUUCAAGAAGCUAUGAAAUAUUUUUUAUUCCGAGUUAACACAGUUCCGCGUCUCGUUACGAGCAGAGCAUCUGAACGAUUGAUCAAGCUAUUGAAAAUUGAACAGACUCAAUGCUUAAAAACCUUAAACUGUGUGUUCAUUUUCGCUUUCGUGUUGUCGCGUUAUUCAACGUUGAGAAUGAGAGAACUGAGCGUAAAUAUGGCAUUUUCUCCGAGGGUAAUGAUCUAUUGA